UGUGUGCGUACCACCGCCACCGCACCGUCAUGAAUACGCGACGGCUGUCGUUGCCGCCGCCGCCACCACCACUGCCGCCGCCGUCGCCACCACCGCCGCCGCGAUACCGCCGACACUGCCGCGGCCGCCGCCGAUGCGGCACGCACUUGGUUAACGGGCGUGGAACUUUCGAGACCGAUCACCAGAAAAUAAUAUCUUUUUCUUGCAGCGACACACACACACAAAAUAUACGCGUGUAAAUAAUAUAGUACAUGACGCGCGAUUGAAUUUCGGACGACAACUGUGGACGAAACGAUAAUCCCAGGACCUUUGAUGCGUUGGAAGAUGCCGAAUGUGGCGGUCGUCGCCGUUGCCGUCGCCGCUCUGUUGCUGGUCACCGCGGAAACGGUGUUGGCGGCCGGCGGCGGUGGUGGUGGUGGUGGCGGUGGCGGCGGCGGUGGUGGCGGCGGUGGACGACAACGCGGCGCGGCCACCGCCGCCGCCGACCGUCAGGAGGACUUUGACAGCGGCGAUGACGAGUCCCCGCAGACGCCGGCCGCCGUCCAGUGCUCCAAUUGCUUGGGCCACGAGGGAAUCAAGUCGCUGAGCAUCGAGCUGAUCAAAGCGUCGAUACUGAACAAGCUGGGCAUGCAGCGGCCGCCGGAGUUCGGAGAUCGGAUGCCGCCUCGGGUUCCCACCGAUCUACCGCCACUGCAGGACCUCAUGCGCAAGUACAACAACGACCACAGCGGCUCGGUGGUGGUGCUCCCGCACAUCCGGCACAAGUCGCACCACUUUGACGACAGCGUCACCGACAUGCAGAGCGACGAAGCCACCGGUUACUCGACCACCGCGUCCGCGGACAACUCCAACAGCUACAACGUUGGCAACACGGACGACGACGACGACUAUCACGUCAAGACGCACAAGCUCAUAGCGUUCGCUCAGCCGCAUCCCACGCUGCAGCAAAAACUACGGGGCCACUAUCCGAUCUACUUUACGUUCUCCGAGCAGACAGGCCAGCAACGGAUCACCGAAGCGAUCCUGUGGCUGUACAAGAAACGUCUGGACGUGGUCAUCGACGAUCCGGUGGUCAUGUUAGAUGUGUACAGAAUCAAUCCAGUCACCUUCCACCAGUCGUACGUGUCCAGCAUAAAGCGCACUAUCAACACCACCGAACCGGGCUGGGUGGCCAUUGACAUACAGAGGCGCAUGACCGACUGGUUCAAGAGCUCAGACGGGGCCAAGAACUUGACGCUAGUGGUGCACUCGUAUUACUUGAGACAGAACACCUCGCACCUCAAGCCGCCUUACGUAACGGACGCCAGGAAAAGAGAAGACAUGACCGAGAUUCCGUAUCUGGAGGUGCACACGGAAGACAGCCGGCGGUCUCGAGCCAAGCGCAACGUGCUGGGCAAGGACUGCGACGAAAACUCGAAAGAGCAGCUAUGCUGCCGGUACCCUUUGACGGUCGACUUCGAGGACUUCGGCUGGGACUGGAUCAUUGCGCCCAAGAAAUACGAGGCCAACUACUGUUCCGGCGAGUGUCCGAUGGUGUUCCUACAAAAGUACCCACACACCCACCUCGCACAGCUCACCAACAAAUCGGGUGCGUACCCGGGCACCGGUCCGUGCUGCGCUCCCCGCAAGCUGUCCGCCAUAUCCAUGUUGUACUUCGACCAGGACUUCAACAUCAUCUAUGGACUGUUGCCCGGCAUGGUGGUGGAUAGGUGCGGGUGCAGUUAGAGAACAUCACCGUCGUCGCCGCGGCCUUGGCGACCACGUCGUCAAAACUAUGAUAAUAAUAUUAUGUUACUAAAAUAUUAUUAUAUAUUAUUUCGUCACGGUUAAUAUUGUCAUAUACCUAUAUAUAAUAUAUAUACACACACACACACACACACACACACACACACACACAUAUAUAUAUAAUAUAUAUGUAUUAUAAGCGUUUUUAUCUUGUAUUUUGUUCGUUUGUUUGUUUAUUCUUCGUUUUAAAAUUCUACUCUCUAAUCAAACGUACCUGCGUGCACUGCAGGAAUGUACGGAAUAUAUUUUAUAAUUUACAACUCGUUAUUAUAUCGUUAUAUUAUAUAUAGACGCUGUUCUGCGUCUUGUACAUUUUCAUACUGCGAUUUGGGUUCUUAUAUUAUUAUGUAGGUAAUAGAAUACUAUUAUUAGUUAUCUUGAAAUCUUCCACGUCUCUGUGAAACAAUUCACUAUUUUAAUCGUUCUGUGCAUUACAUUUUAAAUAGUAAACUUGCAGUGUGAUUUGCGACACACAGGGCAAUAAUACCGAGAAUCAGUCUUCCAUUCGUCCGUGAUGCUUAAACAUUCGACCAAAUAUGACAUUAUACACUAUAUAUUUCACAUAUAGACAUUAUCUACGCAAGUAUUAAUACUUCUAUGAAUACCAUAAUAAUAUAGUAAAUACGUGGACGACUUCUCUAUUAAUUAUGAACGUCAUUUUUAAAUCGACGAAAAUCUGCAUCAGGAACACUGCUCUAGUCAAUUAUUAACUCUUUGUCUCUACAUGCACCUACCUAUAUAGAGCGAAAACAAUAUGCCGAACGGCAAUUAUGUGUAAUACCUAUAUAGCAGUUUUUCUUUUAAAAACGAAUUCCUUUCACGCAGUGCCUCGUUUUUGUAUUCUUAUUUUCUCUACAAACACGCGAUUCUCUCAGUAUUUAAGGCAUAGAUACUUGACCACAUUUAAAAAUAUAUAUACAACAUAUUCACAUCUAUUGUAAUGAAUAAUAAUUAAUUUCAUGCACUACCUCGUUUUCGUAUAGGUUACAUUCAUUAUUAUUAUUAUUAUUACUUAAAGACAUUUUCCCCUGUUAUAUAAUCUGCUUUUAUUUUUAAAUGAAAAAAAACCACUGUAUUGUUAUUGUAACAUGUACAUAAUUUAAGUUACUAUAAUGUACCUAUCUGCAAUUAUUAUCUAUUUUUUCUUUGGGUUCUCACCUACCUAUUAAUUUUGUUAUGCAUCGAGUAUUUACGUUUUACCUAUAUACGUUUUCUUUUCAAAUGGGUUUUAUGUAGUUAGCUGUUUUUAAACAUAGUUAUUUCGAUAAAAGUGCUAUGGACAAACUAUAAUAAAAUAGAUCAUCUAUUAACGGUUAUACUAGGUAUAUAAAAUAGUUAUAACUUAUAAUUUAUGAAACAUCAAACAUUAAUAGUAGAAUUGAUCAUUAUAAAAUAUUUAAUUGAUUUAAAUAAUUUUUUACUGGUAUUAUUCAGUCAUAUUUGUCACAUUUUAAAUAUAUAUUUAUUUAAGUUCCUUUUUGAUUAGAAAAUAACAUUUAUGCCAAACACCAAUAAUUUUUUUUUUUCAAAUAUUACCUAUAUUAAAUCAAUAUAUUAUUUAUGUAAGCAAUUAUAUUAUUAUUUCUAAAUCAUAUCAUUAUAUUCAUUUAUUUAUUAUGAAUUAAACAAUUACGUAUUAAAUUUGUGAAUAAAUAAUAAUAAUUACGUAUAAAAUAUAUUACAUAGGUAAUGAUAAUAUAAAGAAAAACUAAUAUAAGAAAUGUAGCUAUAAUUAAUAUACUUAUAUCAUGUAAUAAUUUACCGAGAAAGGUGUUUAUUUGAAUUUUAAAUUCAUUUAUUAUUUUGAUUAUGAUUUAAUUAAUUAUUACUUUUAAGUAUAUAAGGUACUACCUACUGAAAAUAAUUUAUCAAAUUAUAAUUGACAAUAUUGUAUGAAUAAUAUUUAAAUUUAGUAUUAUUAUCGAAUUGUUUUAUGUUAUGAUUAAUAUUUUAAUAAAAUAUCAGGUUCAGCAUCUUUAAUUGUUACUAAAAUGUACGUUACUAUAAAAAUAUAGCCAUAAUAUGUUACAGCAAUGUAAAAUAAAAUUUAAAACAUAUACAUAA